AUGACAGAAAAAGGUCAUUCUUGGUUGAAUCUUCCCAAGUAUACCAACGAUUACAUCGAUGGAGUCAAAUUGUUUGUGAAGAAAGCGAUGGCCAAUUUCGCUACUGGAACAGAAAUAAAGUGUCCUUGUCGUAAGUGUGAAAAUCGCUUGUGGUGGUCUGCCGACGAUGUUGAGAGUCAUCUGAUCUGCAGUGGACCAUCUUUGUCGUUCGUUAAGUGGAUUUAUGAUGUUACGUUAUUGGCAGACAAAAUAGAUAAUAAGGAUUUUGAACCAAAUACCGGAUUCGGAGAUAAUCUUGACGAGAUGUUAAAUAUGACACACGGCAAUAUGGAACCAAAUGCCAAUGCUAGAAAAUUUUAUCGACUUGUUGAUGAUGGAAAACAGCCCCUCUACCCUGGUUGCAAGAAUUUCUCGCGAUUAAGUUUUUUAGUUAGGCUGUACCAUUGGAAGUGUCUAAACGGAGUAACUGAGUCUGCAUUCGGAGAGAUUCUACAGUUGUUAAAAGAGGCUGUUCCCAAUAUUAAUGUGCCUGCCUCUUUUAAUUCAGCUAAAAAUAUGAUAAAGGAUCUAGGUCUUGACUACAAGAAAAUACAUGCAUGUCCGAAUGACUGCAUCUUGUAUUGGGGGGAGAAUAAAAAUAAAGAUUCUUGCAAGACCUCUGGUGUUUCAAGGUGGAAAGGCAUAGUUAUAAGGCAUAGUUUUAAUAUACUAUCACAGUCCGGUAUACUUAAAAUUAAAAGGACCAAGAGGCAGAAAGUAGUUCAGAGCAGUACAGGGGGCCCAAGAACUCGUGGCCAAGCUGCUAAAUUGGUGAAUAAGGAAGCAGCUUCGGAGCCGCUUCCCACAGAGAAAAAUGAUGCACCUGUGCUUACUGCAAAAGAAAAGCUACAAGCUUUAAAAUCUGGUCCUGGUUCCAUGCUUGCUUAUAAUCAAUUAAGAGAACGUGAGAAAUCACAAAUUGAGAAGGAGAUCCCGGAGGGAGAGUCUGGAACGCAGCAAAUGAUGGCUGAAUCAGGAGAUACCCCUGGUGAAGCUUCGAAAAGAAAGAGGGGCAAGACCAAAAUGAACCAUGUUCAUAACAGCAAUGAAAAAAAAAUUGUCACCCUCAAUGAUAAAUUUCAACCUGUGUCGUGUGGAGGGAACAAUUCAAUUGCUGAAUUGAGCAACUUUUUGGGGACAACUCUUAGGCAAUUUGUGCCUCUUACUUGUGCUAGUUGGCAUGCAGUUCCCGAAAAGGACCUGCUGUGGGAGUAUGUCAAGGACAAGUAUAUUAUUCCGGAAGAGGCUAAAUCAUGGGUUUUUACAACCAUGAGUGAUCAGUUUAGGAGCCACAAAAGCCGAAUUAAGCGAAAUUAUUACACCAAGUAUGCAACGGAUGAGGAGAGGUUGGAGAAUAGGCCGAGGGACGUUUCUCUUGAAGACUGGAAGAUUCUCUUAGCUUAUUGGAGUGACGAAAAAAUUAAGGACACAGCAAGAAAGAAUAUCAUUGCACGUCAAAAAGUGAAAGAGCCACAUACCACUGGGCCCAGGACUUUCGCGCAAGUUAUAUACAACAUGCAACUCGAAAGACUUGAUAAAUUGCCCAUUGGUAUCGAGGAUGAUGAAGCGGAAGAGCUUUUAAAAAUUUCUGAUGCUGAUGUCUAUUUGAAGACACGUAAACGAGAUAAGGCCCGCGAGUACAAGGCAACAAAGGAAGAAGCUGAAGCGCUUGACAAAAGAUUUAAAAAUGUCGAACAAACUCUAAAGACCGAUGGUGCUGAGGCUGCUAAUAAGUUGGUUCAUGACAAAGAACACAAACCGUCUUACCUGAUUGGAAGGCUUAUUCGCAAGAAAGAGGAAAAGAAACAAAAGGCUGCUUUAGGAACAACACGUACAUUAUCGGUUCCAGGACAUGAAUAUGCCAAAAUCCGGGCUGAUAUUGAGAAAGAGCUGGAUGAAAAACUUGAACAGAAGUUUCAAGACAUGGUGAAAAAAUUGGCAGAGCAGAAUCCGGGUUUGAAGAUCAACCUCGAUGACUCCGACAAGUCGACAGAAGCAGAAGUAGAAGCUGAGUCUGUUGGGACUGAUCAUGAGUAGUUUUGCUUGUCGCAAUUCUACUCUCUUUUGGUUAAAAUUAACUCGGUUAACUCUAGUAAUUAAAUCAUGUUUAUGAUGUAUUUAGUUUUAAGCGCCAGUACUUGUUUUGGUGUGGUUGAUGGUUGGUAUAGCUAGGCUUGGACCUUUGUUUUGGUACUUAUUGGAAUUAUCUUUGUUGUUGGAUAUUGGUUGGUAAAUUUGAAAUGGGGAAGUGCUAUUUUCAAAUGUUAU